AUGUACGAGCCGAACUGCUUUGCGCAGCUCGAUGCGAUCGGCUACGAAUGGUCGCCGCCGCCCCGGUGCAUGCACCGCUGCGUCGUCCGCUUCAACGGCGCGUACUGCGUCCGCCACGUCCCGCUGUCCGCGCUCGUCCAGGCCCUUGUCGCCUUCCGCCAUCGCCACGGGCAUCUCAACGUGCCCGACGCCUUUGUCGUGCCAGAGAACGAUGCUGCGUGGCCCGAAGAAGGAUCCAACGUGCUUCUCUCGCGCGCCGCGCAGACGCUUUGCGCUCACUUUUACGAGCUCUCGGACGCAGACGUGGCGACGGUGCACAACCUUUCGCUCUGCACCGAGCUGCCGCAUUGGGACGACACGAAGCAGCUCCUCGCGCUCUACGUCAAGAUCACGAAUCAACGCGCCGUGCCGAUCGAGUUUGUCGUGCCAUCGGCAGCGCCAUGGCCACCCCGUUUCCACCACGUGGCUCUUGGCGAGGUCGCUUGGUACCUUGGUCGCAAGCGACUUGUGCUGCCACGUGGCAUGCUGCCGGAGCUCGACGCGCUCGGCGUCAUCUUUCACACGCCUGCGACCGACUUUGUCGUGCCCGAUGACUGGGACAUACCGUGGCGGGGACUGCGCCUCGGACGCUACGUACCCGAGCUCCGACAGGCCGUGGCGCAGCUACUGGUGCCAAAGGCGACGUUCGAAGCACUCGGCGAGCUGCUCGAGCGGCCGCCCGAAGUCACACCGGCGCUCUUACGCUACGAGCCGCGACCGCUGUCGCCCUCGCGCAAGCGCCGGCGGGUCGAUCACCGAGGCAUCGACGACGAGAAGGUCGACGCGCUCAUUUUGUACCGCCGCCUCUUUGGGAACCUCGCGAUCCCGCGGGACUUUGUCGUCGAGUUCUUUGACGAUCGGUGGCCCGCUCCCUUGGGCGGGUGGUUGCUCGGGACGUACGCCGCGUUAUUGCGGCACCGACGGCAUCUGUUGCCGCCCGAGAAGAAGGCGGCGCUGGACGCCCUCGGGUUUCUCUGGCAGCUCAAACCCGGCGCGAUCUCGGUCACGACGUCCCUCUCGCUCAAAGUAGCGACGUUUUCCGUGCUGAUUGCAGCGCUUCGUGCCUACAAGGCGAAGACGGGCCAUCUGGACGUCCCCGCUGGCUACGCCGUUCCUCUCGGCGCUCCGUGGCCCUCGGACGCUGCAGGUAUCGUCCUGAAGCCCGUGCUGACGCUGCUGCGACACCACUUUUACGAUCUGAGCACAAACGAAGCGGCGGAUCUCCACGCACUCGAUUUUUGCUCGGAUUUACCGUCGUGGCCGGCUUUCCUCGAGCUCCUUGAGUGUUUCAAGACAGAGUUUGGUCACGGCGGGGUCGGCCUGGACUUUUGCGUGCCGUCGACGCGCGCAUGGCCCACCGAGUGGCACCGAGCGCCGCUUGGCGAGAUCGCGCAUGGCGUCGGCCUCCUCAUGGCUGGUUUCGAGGCCAAGAAGGCGCAGCAGUUGGCGGAUACGGGGUUUCUCUUCAACUCGCCGGCGACCUGGCGCCGGACCGUCGACGGGCUGCAGCAAUACCACCGCCUGCACCGAUGUAUCGAGGUACCGCCAAAGUUUGUCGUGCCGGACGAGCCCGCGUGGCCGCAAGACCUUCGUGGCCUACAGCUUGGCCGGUUUUGUGGCUUCUUGAAGCAAGCACUGACGGCGCAGAUGCUGCCGCCAACAACGUAA